GGGAAAGUCACUCUACUAAUAUCAACAAAUCCCAACAAAUGUAGAAAGAAUACAAUUAACUGCAACUUCAAAGAAAAUGGAAUGCUAAUCCAGCAAUAAAAAUGUACCCUUACGUGGGUUUGUCAACGACACAAUCACCAUGGUGAAUACCCCAAUACCACACAGCCUGAAAUCAGAGGCAAAGAAAGCUGCCAAGAUAUUGAAGGAAUUCACUGUACCAACAGCAAAGAUGGGUCCAGACAAACUUAUACCAGCCGGUAUCUUUAUGAAGGCAAAAGGUCUAGCCAUUCUGACAGUGGUGAAGGCAGGUUUCCUGGUGACAGCCAGAGGGGGCAGUGGCAUUGUUAUUGCCAAACUGGAUGAGGGCAUUGACUCUGGCUGGUCAGCUCCUUCCGCCAUAGGUAUAGCAGGUCUGGGAGGAGGUUUUGAAAUUGGAGCAGAGGUAACAGACUUUGUAAUCAUACUGAACAAGAGGUCUGCAGUAGAGGCAUUCUCUAAGGGAGGUAACCUUACACUUGGUGGCAACUUCACGAUAGCAGCUGGUCCCCUCGGCAGAAACCUGGAGGCAGAUGUAGCCCUCCGCAGCACAGCAGCCAUUUACACAUAUUCCAAGACCAGGGGUUUAUUUGCUGGGAUUUCUGUGGAAGGCAGCGCACUUAUUGAGAGAAAAGAUGCAAAUCGAAAAUUUUAUGGCCAUGACAUAAGAGCUGUUGAGAUCCUGCGAGGUGACGUGGACAAACCCGAUGGGUGUGAAUGUUUGUAUGAAGUUCUGGAAAGCCACCGUAAGAAGGCGGAGAAAGAGUUGAUCAACAUGGCUAAGCGCAAGGCAAUGAAGGCUGUCACUGGCGACACUGAGAAUAUGAAAAGUAAAUUCAGCAGUUUUACAAGCUCAUUCAAGUCCAAAAAGCCCUCCGACAAAACAGAUUAUUCAGGAGCAGACACAUACAGUGACUCUGACGACGAGAGUUACAAAUAUUCCCCAUCAAAGGAAACAAAACAUACAAGACAUGUAAAAACUGUCACGUCAACCACAGUGAUAAAGAAACGCACAAGUGGCGGUGGAAAGUCGAGACCCAGCUCGAUGAUGGUACCAAGUAAGGACAGUCAUAGUGUUUCCAAGACAGCCUCUGCAAUAUCAAGGUCAUCACCUAGGCCACCAAGGCCAAGAUCAUUUUCAGGAGCCAGUGGUUACUCUGUUGGGUCAGUGGACUCCUGGGAGCUGACGGCCAUUGCGCUUUAUGAUUACUUAUCGCACAUUCCAUGUGACCUAUGUUUCAAAACUGGAGAUGUGAUCUCAGUGCUGACUAGAACCGAGACCCAGAAUGACUGGUGGGAGGGCAGUUGCCGUGGUAACACAGGAAUAUUUCCCGCCAACUAUGUAAAGGUCAACACUUGAAGAUUGAAUCAGAAAAUUACCUUGAAAGUGUGAACAAUAAGCAGAGCGGGAUGGUCCUCACUGUUAGAGACAUGUUUUCAAAACUACCAGCGUGAGAAAUAUGGGAGAAAAUCACAGAUUUUGAGGCUGCCAUAUACUUUUUAAAGUCUAUGUGUCCAGCAGUCUCUUGGUUUCAAAAAUUAGAUGACAAGGAGGCAUAAAACUAAAUAAACAAUGAUGACUUUCUUUAAGGGAAAAAUACUCAAAAAUGCAUUUCGUCAACUUGACCUCAAUCUUUGAAAAUAUUCAGACUCAAAAUCACAUUCAGACUACUUAUGUACCUGUCACAAGUGUACAUAAGUUGCACUCGUCUACUUUUUGGGGAUGAAACAAUGUGUCCAGCAAAUUUAAUGAUAAUGAAGUUUGUGAAGAGUGUGAUGUGAAAUGUACUGGCAAUCUAAUGGUAAACUUUCUUUUAAACAAAUCAUUGAAAACUGGUUGAAAGAGUCACAUGACAGCAGCUACCAUGACUAUGAAACUGUAUUUACAUGUACAUGUUUGAGAAAGGUUAAGCUCCUUUAAUAGCUAAGGAUAUUUUACAAUGGCAAAUUGCAUUGUCAUAUUAAGUAACAGGAUGCUGAAGUUUUUAUGCCACUAAAGGUGGACAUUCUCACAUUUGGGCCUUUGUUGGGUUCUUUUUUCUUUUUGAGUCUCUUUGCUCCUCAUUAUACCUCUCAAUACCCUACUAGACCCAGCCAACAAGUGCUUUGUAACAAAUUUAUUUCCUAUACCGAAUUAAGGAAAUAUUUCCCAAUAUAUACCAAUCGGUGUGUGUGUGGAUGUGGUCCGGCUGUCCAUCCUGGUUUCCUUGUCCUAGCUGUAAUUUUCUGAUGCAGAGAGGGAUUUUAAAAUUACUUGGCACAUGUUCAAUACAUAAAGACGAUUUGUCAUGUGCAAGACCCACGUCCCUUCCUCAAAGGUCAAGAUCACACUCACAGGUUUAUCAUUAUGGAAUGUUUUUCCAUGUUUGGGCUGUAACUUUGUUAUGAAGUGAGGAAUUUUAGAAUGACUUGGCACAUGUGUUUGAUACCUAAGGGCAAUGUGUCACAGGCAAUACCACAUCCCUUACUAAAAAGGUCAUGGUCACACAGGUUAAUCAUUAUUGAAUUCCUGCAUAUAUGCAUAUAAAGUAUCCUAGGUCGUGUCUGGGCUGUAACUUUUGUUAAGCAUGGAGGGAUUUUAGAAUAAAUUUGCACAUGUGCUAGGGGAUGUGCCACGUGCAAGACCCAUGUCACUACUUCAAAGUUCAAGGUCACAUUUACAGUGGUCACACUAACAGUUUAAUCAUUAAGAAAUGCUGCAUAUUCUCAUUUAGAUAGAGCCAUGUACAGGCUGUGUCUUUGUCAUGCACAGAGAUAUUUUCAAAUUACUUUGCACGUGUGUUUGGUACAUACAGACUACUUGUCAGAUUCAACAUCCAUGUCCUACUCCUCCACACUUGAUGUCAACCAUCAUGGGGGCUGGCAGAUACUUAAAGUCAGUGAUAUUUGUGCUGCUGGUUUAUCAGUGAUAUCAGUGCUGCCGGUGUAUCAUUGCGGCUGGUUUAUCUGUGCUGCUGGUUAAUCAGUGAUACCAGUGCUGCUGGUUUAUCAGUAAUAUCAGUGCUGCUGGUUUAUCAGUCAUAACAGUGCUGCUGGUUUAUCAGUGAUAUCUAUGCUGCUUGUUUAUCAGUGAUAUCAGUGUGGCUGGUUUAUCAGUGAAAUUAAUGCUGCUGGUUUAUCAGUGAUAUCAGUGUUGCUGGUUUAUCAGUGAUAUCAGUGUUGCUGGUUUAUCAGUGAUAUCAGUGCUGCUGGUUUAUCAGUGAUAUCAGUGCUGCUGGUUCAUCAGUGAUAUCAGUGCUACUGGUGUAUCAGUUAUGCUGGCGUAUCGGUUUUAUCAGUGCUGCAGGCUUAUCACUGAUAUAGGAGCUACCGGCAUUUCAGUGAUAUCUGCUGCAGGUCUAUAAGUGAUAUGAGUGCUGCUGAUGUGUCAGUGGUAUCAAUGUUAUUGGAAUAUCUGUGAUAUCUGUGUUGUUGGUUUAUCAGUGAUGUCUGUGCUACUUGCAUAUGAGUGCAGGUGUAUCAGUGAUUUUGGGAACAUUCUAGCUUUCAACAGGAAAACAUUUAAUCUUCUUUUAUUGACAAAAUGAGGCAUUUCUAUAAUCAAAUAUAACAGAUAUUAUAUACAUUUAUUUUUUUGAACAUUGCUUCUUCUGCUACUACCUGUAUAUUAUACAUUUUAUGAACUUGUUGAAUUGUUAUUAUGAAAUUGUUGAAUUGUUAUUAUGAACUUGUUGAAUUGUUAAAAAUAUAAUUAUACAUUUCAAAAUAAUUCAUUGAUUGUUAUUUUUUUUAUUGAGUUGUGCCAUUAUGAUUUAAGAAUAAAUGAUGAACUUCUAAUAAAACAAUAUUUUUAUUUUUAGGUCACAAUCAAAGUACAUGUACACACAAAAAAAUCAAAAUGAGAUGUUACAUAAUAAAUAAUAGCAAGUGCAAAAUAUGUGUUUGAAAUGCAAACUGUUCAAAAGAAAAUACUUUUAUUAAAAAUGUCCCAGUGCUUUAUAGAGAUUUAUUAGUGAAAUAAAAUUGAUAUCUCACUGUUUGAAACAGUGAUGGAAACAAUUAUUCUUUUUUAUAGUAGAUCUUUAUUAUUGAAUACCUUAAAUAUAGCAAAAACAUGUGUCCUCCAUUCUUAUUUCCUCUACAAAACUCAAAUGAUUUUAUAAAUAUUUUCAGGAAAUAGCUUUUUAAAAUUAAUUGACUAGAACUCAAUCCUUCUGUUUAUAAAAAUGACAUUGACAAAGUAACCAGAACAGUUGUCACCACAAAUGAUGGCAAGACAUUAUUCCCAUGUCCAACAUUGACCUCCCUUGGGGCUUGGGGAUCCUGACACUCACACGUCAUGGUCGGGUCUCGGUACAUCAAGGUCAUACACGUGUCUAUGUAGUUGGCUGGCACGCAAGUCUGGUUGUUGGCCUCCUCCAGGGUGAAGUCCAUAUACAGGUCACACGCUGUCAUGUUACUGACAAUUGUGCUCUGGGUGUAACUGCAGACGGGCACGUCAGUGCUCAGCGGAGUUACAUUCGGUUCAAAAUCUGCAAUACCACACACAGGACACUUGUUUUCGCUCGCUCCUACAGGGACUUCCCAGUUCUGGGCCCAGCAUAGCUUAGACAAUGAAAGGAAGUAGGGUUUCUGCGCUUUAAACGCGGCAGGAGUUGCAGGCAUGAAUUCAUCUAAGUCAUACCUUGUGUGGUCAGCUGUGGUGUUCUUCAAUGCUAGAAUUGAGUGAUCCCCUAUUCUGAGAACCUGUGCUACUGGGCUUCCUGAGCAUGCAUCUCGGGGAGCCAGGGAAGUGAUUGUGAUCUCACUCUCUAUUUCCCUGUCCUCACGCUUCAAAACACAAAGCACUUCAUAGUCAGCUUCCACUACAUACUUGUUGUCGAACUUUGUGGCAAAGUGUUGUAAAACCCUUCCAUACACAAUAAUGUCAGCGGUGGCAAAAAUCUCACUAAAGCUCAUUUCAAAUGUUCCGUCAUAUUUCGGGUUACAAGUGUUUCUUUGUCCUUCACUGGUCUGGAUAAAUAUAAGCAAUAUUAAUGAAACAAAUUUGCAAUCCAUUUUGAUGUAGUAUUAAUAUAUAUAUGAAAAUAUACUCUUGUACAAAGAUGUUUUUCCUUCUUUAUGAGUAGAUAGCUCAGAUCUUGACUGCAUUGAACUUGGUUUCACCCUGUUUAAAGGUUUAAUUUGGAUUAAAACAUAUAUGUGCAUGUGAUUAUGAUUUGUUAAACAGAAUUUAAAUGAUUUAAAAGUGUUCAUUUAAAUGAUUUAAUCUUUAAUCAGUCUGUCAAUGUGAAGGUCAAAGUUCAAUGAUUCAAGCUGUUUGAAUUAAAAGAUUUUAAAGCUUAUGUUAUGGUUAUUUCUGAAAGUAUUUAUGAAACAAAAUUAUUGGUUUUCAACUUCAACCUUUAAAAGCUUCAUUAUAUGAUUGUUACCUGUGUUAUCUGUGCAUAAGAAUUAAACAGUAAUGGACAAAU